UACGCUGCAUACAGCUGACAUUCGGAUUUCAGAGAGCAGAUAACCUCCAAAAUUUGAUACGUAAACGAAAGUGCUUCUAUUCCCAGUUUUCUUUUACGUUUAAUUAUAGUUUUGUUAUCAGUUCUAGUGUCACUCAUUCUCUUGCUAUCUUAACAUUCUUAUUGAAUAAUAUAAAGUAGGCACUUGAAUGAUUGAUUUCAAAAAUGAAGAACUUAAAAGUGACAUUCCUUCAUCCUGAUCUUGGUAUCGGUGGUGCUGAAAGACUUGUGGUAGAUGCGGCAUUAGCUCUGCAUAACAAAGGACACAAAGUUCAAUUCCUGACAACUCAUCAUGACUCCUCACAUUGUUUCAAAGAAACAAAAGAUGGAACUCUACCAGUGACGGUGGUUGGCGAUUGGUUGCCUCGCUCCGUGUUUGGAAGGUUGUACGCACUGUGUGCUUACAUUCGCAUCAUCUAUGCUGCUUUCUACUUGGUGUUAUUCAGUGAUUCAGAACCUGACGUGGUAUUCUGUGAUCAGAUUUCAGCAUGCAUUCCAAUUCUCCACCUCAAGUUUAGAAAUGUUUUAUUUUACUGUCAUUUUCCUGAUCAACUUCUCAGUACACCAGGAAGUUUUCUGAAAACAUUGUAUCGGUUACCUAUCAAUUGGGUUGAGGAAUUCACUACUGGCUGUGCAGAUAAAAUACUAGUAAACAGUAAUUUUACUAGAGGUGUGUUCAAACAGACAUUUAAAUCUUUGAAUCAACAACCAGACAUUCUCUAUCCAUCGAUUAAUACACAAAGUUUUGAUCAAGACGUUUCUUACGAUAUCAACAACCUGUUGACUACACCAAUAAGAGAUGAUUUCAAUGUUAUUCUCUCUAUCAACCGUUACGAACGUAAGAAAAAUUUGAUGCUAGCCAUAUCGUCUUUUAAUAAAUUGAAAAACUACAUGUCUGAAUCGUCUUAUAAUAAAACGUGUCUGAUAGUUGCAGGAGGUUACGAUACUAGGGUGUCUGAGAACAUUGAGCAUUUUUUGGAACUCAAAGAAUACGCUAGAGAGUUAAAUUUGACUGAAAAGGUACACUUUUUGCGAUCACCGUCAGAUACAGAAAAAUUGGCCUUACUAAAUAGAUGUAACGUAUUAAUUUACACACCAUCCAACGAGCAUUUUGGAAUAGUGCCCUUGGAGGCGAUGUACGCUUUGAAACCUGUCGUUGCUGUUAAUUCUGGAGGUCCAGUUGAAACUAUAUCGAAUGGUGAGAAUGGAUUUCUCUGCGAGCCACUCCCGGAUGAUUUUGCCACAUCACUCGCUAAAAUUUUGGAAGAAAAGUCCCUUCAAGACAGCUUGGGAAAAGCUGGUAGAGAGAGGUUCAAGAAAAACUUCUCAUUUGAAGCUUUCAGUGAAAAAUUAAACCAAGUUAUUGAAAACCUUGUUAAUUAACAUUUGAACAAUAAACUACGUCACAAUUUUGAUCCUAAGGUAAUCAUGACUAAAGUACUUGAGAUUAAUGUUUAAUGUUUAGCUGAUAAAUAAAUAAUAUUUUUAUUUCAAA